AUCCUUGAUUGAAUUUCAGAGCCGCAAGUGGCCAUAAGAAGCAACGAUGGUUAACGGUCGUAUUCCCAUCAAAACCAGUAAAACCUACACCACUCCCAGGAGACCUUUCGAGAAGGCUCGUCUUGACCAGGAGUUAAAGCUUAUCGGCGAGUAUGGUCUGAGGAACAAGCGUGAAGUCUGGAGGGUUAAGUACAGUCUUGCUAAGAUCCGUUCCGCUGCCAGGGAGCUUCUCACCCUCGAGGAGAAGGAUCAGAGGAGACUUUUCGAAGGUAAUGCGCUUCUGCGUCGUCUUGUACGUAUUGGAGUACUCGAUGAAGGUCGCAUGAAGCUCGAUUACGUUCUCGGUCUGAAGAUUGAGGAUUUCUUGGAGAGACGACUCCAGACUCAGGUGUUCAAGCUUGGACUCGCCAAGUCUAUUCACCAUGCUCGUGUUCUCAUCAGGCAGAGGCACAUCAGGGUCAGGAAGCAGGUUGUGAACGUACCCUCCUUCAUUGUCCGUCUCGACUCCCAGAAGCACAUUGACUUCUCUCUCAAGUCACCCUUCGGUGGCGGCAGGGCCGGACGUGUCAAGAGGAAGAACGCCAAGAAGGGAUCUGGAGCUGCUGAUGAGGAUGAAGAGGACUAAACUGAAAAUCGUCGCCGAUUCGUCGGUGGCAACCGUACAUUGCCGCUCCGCUGAACAAGCCAGGAGCGGUGCUUUUACUCCGGUCUAAUCUAACUGGGUUUUUCAGAAAA